CAGCAGAGUCCCCUACAUAAAGCCAGGGCCGCGGGCCCUGGCUCUGCCUCAGUGUCGCCUGCAGGACACACGUAGCCCCGCUCAGCACAGCCCAGCCAGCCCCCUGACGCCGCCACCAUGCCGUUCGGCAACACCCACAACAAGUACAAGCUGAACUACAAGCCCGAGGAGGAGUACCCGGACCUGAGCAAGCACAACAACCACAUGGCCAAGGUGCUGACCCCCGACCUCUACAAGAAGCUGCGUGACAAGGAGACGCCCUCCGGCUUCACCCUGGAUGACGUCAUCCAGACGGGCGUGGACAACCCAGGGCACCCUUUCAUCAUGACCGUGGGCUGCGUGGCCGGUGACGAGGAGUCCUACACGGUGUUCAAGGACCUCUUCGACCCCAUCAUCCAGGACCGCCACGGGGGCUUCAAACCCACCGACAAGCACAAGACCGACCUCAACCAUGAGAACCUCAAAGGUGGGGACGACCUGGACCCCCACUACGUGCUCAGCAGCCGUGUGCGCACGGGCCGCAGCAUCAAAGGCUACACGCUGCCCCCGCACUGCUCCCGUGGUGAGCGCCGGGCCGUGGAGAAGCUCUCUGUGGAAGCCCUCAACAGCCUGACGGGCGAGUUCAAGGGGAAGUACUACCCGCUGAAGAGCAUGACCGAGCAGGAGCAGCAGCAGCUCAUCGACGACCACUUCCUGUUCGACAAGCCCGUGUCCCCGCUGCUGCUGGCCUCGGGAAUGGCCCGCGACUGGCCCGAUGCCCGCGGUAUCUGGCACAACGACAACAAGAGCUUCCUGGUGUGGGUGAACGAGGAGGACCACCUCCGGGUCAUCUCCAUGGAGAAGGGCGGCAACAUGAAGGAGGUCUUCCGCCGCUUCUGCGUGGGGCUGCAGAAGAUUGAGGAGAUCUUUAAGAAAGCUGGCCACCCCUUCAUGUGGAAUGAGCACCUGGGCUACGUGCUCACCUGCCCGUCCAACCUGGGCACCGGGCUGCGUGGGGGCGUGCACGUGAAGCUGGCGCACCUGAGCAAGCACCCCAAGUUCGAGGAGAUUCUCACCCGCCUGCGCCUGCAGAAGCGGGGCACAGGGGGCGUGGACACGGCUGCCGUGGGCUCGGUGUUCGACAUUUCCAACGCCGAUCGGCUGGGCUCGUCCGAGGUGGAGCAGGUGCAGCUGGUGGUGGACGGCGUGAAGCUCAUGGUGGAGAUGGAGAAGAAGCUGGAGAAAGGCCAGUCCAUCGACGACAUGAUCCCCGCCCAGAAGUAGGCGCAGCCACCGCCGCCGCCGCCGGAGGGCCCCCGCGGGAGGGCCUGCCGCCCCUGGUCCGCAGCGCGCGUGUCCCCUGGGGGCUCCGAGUUCCAGCCAAUGGGCUCCGUCAUCUGCGUCCUGGCCAAUGAAAUGCCUCCCUCGCACCUCGCUGUCCCAGAGCUCCGCCCACCUCCGGAGCACCUGCUGAUGGGGGGGGGGGGGCUCUGCUCCCGGCGUGCCUGGAGCGGGGGCUUUUUCCCCACGCAAAGCAGUGAAUAAAAGCAGCGGCGGCCUUA